AUGGAGAACCAUCCUCCUUCGCCGCAAGCAUGCUCUACCAACCCUCCCACUGAAAGUUCCUUCAGUUUCACGCCUAUCAAAGCCCUAAGCGCUUUGCCGCGACUGUGGGAUCGCAAACCUUCGACGCCUGUCCGGGCCGGAGACAAGACACGAAAGCUGUGGAAGCGCAUUCGCUUUCCGUUUGCCGGCAUGAAUACUGCGACAGAAGUCCAGACCACGGGCAUUGGCGCCUCUACAACCUCGGAUUAUCAGCGCGGCGUGAAGCGCUUGUGUGUUGACCCCGCCGAUGCGGACCACGAAACUGAGGCUGAGCGACGUGGUCGGUCUUUCCUUGAGACUAAAUGGGAGAUGCAGGCGUCUCGGAAACGACGCAAGAUGCCCGAAUUCAAUUUCAGUAUCCACGACGAGGGUUCCCAUGAGGUGUUUGGUUUCACUGCGAACCAGGCUGAGGGGACGCUCAAAGAUGUUGUCGGCGACGUAGCUACGAAUGGGUCACCCCAGCCGCUCAGCGAUCUGUGGAAGACCUCCAAGACGCCGGUCUAUAGCGACGCCAUGGCCAUCGACCUGGAUCAUACAGCAUUCGACGCGAAGACAGCGCAUGAUCUACAGUCUAGACCGUCUAGCCAAGACACGCCGACUGUGAUGGACAAUGCAGGAGAGGACAAGACCGACGCCGUGUCCACCACGGAGUCCGUGCAAGACCUUACGCAAGAGCAGGAGAUCAAGUUGGUACGAUCGGCACUGCGAAGCUCCUUGGAUGGAGAGGACGCAGCGCUGCUCAACGACUUCCUGUCUAGGGCGAAUGCGAAGCGGGCCGCCAAGGCCGCGCAUCCGGAAAAUGCGAAAUUAACGGAGAUGUCUUCCAGCCCGGAUGAGUCGCCAGAAGUUGGAUGCUCAACACCACCACGCCGCGUGUUAGAGGAACUGACAACCAAUUCACCUUCACCAGUCAAGUUGCAAUUUUCGCCUAGUAAAUAUGAGGCCAAGCGUGGCGCCGAUGGUGCCGAUGAUCGGGAGGAUGUAAUCCUCAAAGAGAUCAACGAAGAACAAGCUCCUUCAAGCCCUGCAUAUCGUCGAAGCACCCGUACCAAAGGCUCGAGCACCCCUAGCAUGCGCAGCACUAUCUCCUUCCGCCGAGCGAAAGGAACAGAAUUCGUUUUUCAACAACGAACUGAGUCCCAGCAGGUGGCUAUGGCUACAAAGCGCAAUACCCGGCUCAACAAGGGUAAAUCCGUAACUCCCAUGGUCGCUCUUGAAGCUCUGGCUCAGCAGUCCAGUGAGGAAGAGCCUCAGCCGGGCAAUUCACAGAAUGAGCGCUCAAACCACAAGGACACUAACUCCCGUGGGCUGGCCAAACCGCGAAAGCAAGUGUCAUGGAAUGAGGAGCGCAUGGCCGAGUAUGAAGAGUACAGAGAACCAAUGGACGACCGGGAAGAUGAAGAGGAGGGUGACCGAUGCACGAAUGACGUGGGCGCAACGCCUCGCCCGCGACCAGAAAGCAAGCGUUCGGCGAAGAAAGGAGAGUCCAGCCAUCGCAGCAGCCGUAGCCAAACGCAAAAGGCAGACGAGAAUGCAGACAGUGGAGCUACCGAGAGCGGCCCAACCGUCCCGACUACCGCACCUGCUACUGUAACCCCGCGCUCACGCCGGGUGAGGCGUUUGGGUGACUCGGGGAUCUUGGGAUCCGGAACUGCAGUCAAGACUGGAAGUCGCAACACAAGCCAGCCUCCCGCAGCCACGGCGGACGCCGUGGCUGCUGUGGCCCCCUCCACACCUACCAAGGGCCGCCGCAAGCUUGCUCCCAGAUCCCCCAUUUCGUCCAAGCUUCCCGCACGAGCCUCUAAGAGGGCUAAUAACACCACUGAUCAGCCUUUCGUCAGUGGUAUCCCCACUCGUAGCUCACAGAGCACAGAUGAUGGGCAGCGACAGAGUAUGCUUCAGAUGAGCGCAGGGUGCACACCCACGGCUCGGCGCGUUCGGUCGAGAGCUUGA